GGGAAUGGACUUGAAAAGAAGGGCUCUGGAGCGGCUGCACCAGUCUCUGACAGGAUCCCCUUCGGAUUUGUGAGGGGAGCUCCGCUUCUUCCUUCUCCGUCCUCGCUGUUGAGGCCCUCUCAGUCCUCUUCAAGGCUGCUUCUUUGGAACCUCAGUCCAUAUUUGGUUUCUUCAAACAUUUGUUCAGUGAGAGAUUUUAAAAUGUCAUCCAAACAAGAAAUAAUGAGUGACCAGCGGUUUAGACGAGUUUCAAAGGAUCCCAGAUUUUGGGAAAUGCCAGAAAAGGAUCGAAAAGUCAAAAUUGACAAGAGAUUUCGAGCCAUGUUUCAUGACAAAAAGUUUAAAUUGAACUAUGCUGUUGAUAAAAGAGGGCGCCCCAUCAACCAUAGUACUACAGAGGACUUGAAACGUUUCUAUGACCUUUCAGAUUCUGAUUCCGACCUCUCUGAUGAAGAUAACAAAGCACUGAACCAAAAGAAAAUGAAGAAAAAAACCCAGACCAAAAAUGAAAUAAAGUCCAAAAAUUUGACUGAGAAGAAAAAAAAAGAAACUGAAAAAGUUAGUCAAAAGGAUUCUGAAAAUAAAAAUAAUGUAGAUAAUUCUGAAAGAAUUCAGCAAAAGAAAAACAUAUGUAGAUUUAAGAAGACAGAUUUAGAAAUAAGUCCCAAAAAAGAUAGUGAAGAAUUUACACAUAAAAGUACACAAGUGAAAAAAAACAUUGAGUUUAGUGCAGACUCUUUUCCCAAAGGAAAACUAAGGACAGUAGGCUCAAGCACCUCUGAAAUUGGGAAAUCUACCAAAAUCAUUUGUCCGAAGACAAAAAGAGAAAAACAAUCAGUUCCAUUCAUAGUGGCAAGUGACACGAAUGGUAAAAUGUUUGACAAAGACACUCUGGAGGAAGAUUCAGACAGUGUUAGUGAAAUAGGAAGUGAUGAGGAAUCUGAAGAUGAAAUCACAGGUGGUAGUGGCUCUUCAGCUGAUGAUAAUGGAAAUGAAGAUGAUCAAAAGGAAGAUGAAGAUAGUGAAGAGGAUACUGAAAGUGACAGUGGCCCUGAUCUUGCAAGGGGUAAAGGAAAUGUAGAAACUAGUUCUGAAGAUGAUGAUGAUUUGGCAGAUUUAUUUCCAGAAGAGCCUGGUUUUGAGCAUGCUUGGAGAGAAUUAGAUAAAGAUGCUCCUCGGGCUGAUGAGAUUACACAUCGGUUAGCGGUUUGCAACAUGGACUGGGAUAGAUUAAAGGCAAAAGAUUUGCUGGCUCUGUUUAAUUCUUUUAAACCCAAAGGAGGUGUUAUAUUUUCUGUAAAGAUAUAUCCUUCAGAGUUUGGAAAAGAAAGGAUGAAAGAAGAACAAGUUCAAGGACCAGUAGAGUUACUAAGUAUUCCUGAAGAUGCCCCUGAAAAAGACUGGACCUCUAGAGAAAAAUUAAGGGAUUAUCAGUUCAAACGACUGAAGUACUAUUAUGCAGUAGUAGAUUGUGAUUCUCCUGAAACUGCAAGUAAAAUUUAUGAGGAUUGUGAUGGCCUGGAAUUUGAAAGUAGCUGUUCUUUCAUAGAUCUAAGGUUUAUACCAGAUGAUAUUACUUUUGAUGAUGAGCCUAAGGAUGUAGCCUCAGAAGUGGAUUUAACAGCAUAUAAACCAAAGUAUUUCACAUCUGCUGCAAUGGGAACAUCAACGGUGGAGAUAACUUGGGAUGAGACUGAUCAUGAAAGGAUCACAACACUCAACAGAAAAUUUAAAAAGGAAGAGCUUUUGGACAUGGAUUUUCAAGCCUAUUUAGCUUCCUCUAGUGAAGAUGAGGAUGAGUUAGAGGAGGAGAUACAAGGUGAUGAUGGAGUCAAUGUGGAAGAUGGAAAAACUCAGAAGAAAACUCAGAAGGAUGAUGAAGAACAAAUUGCUAAAUAUAGACAGCUCUUACAAGUUAUUCAAGAAAAAGAAAAGAAAGGCAAAGAAAAUGAUAUGGAAAUGGAGAUUAAGUGGGUUCCAGGCCUUAAAGAAAGUGCAGAAGAAAUGGUCAAAAACAAAUUGGAAGGAAAGGAUAAACUGACCCCUUGGGAACAAUUUUUAGAGAAGAAGAAAGAGAAGAAAAGACUGAAAAAGAAACAGAAGACUCUUGCUGGAGAAACCAGUGAUGAUGAACUUCCCCCUGAUGUUGAUUUGAAUGACCCGUACUUUGCUGAAGAAGUUAAAAGAUUAGGUAUAAAGAAAAAAUCAGUGAAAUCUGCAAAAGAUGGUACAUCUCUGGAGGAAGAAACUGAAAUAGAAAGACAAAAGGCUGAAAUGGCUUUGCUCAUGAUGGAUGAGGAGGAGGACAGCAAGAAACACUUCAAUUAUAACAAGAUUGUGGAGCACCAGAAUCUGAGCAAAAAGAAGAAAAAGCAACUUAUGAAAAAGAAGGAAUUAGUAGAAGAUGACUUUGAGGUAAAUGUUAGUGAUGCACGGUUUCAGGCAAUGUAUACUUCCCAUUUGUUCAAUUUGGAUCCUUCAGACCCUAACUUCAAGAAAACAAAAGCUAUGGAAAAAAUUCUUGAGGAGAAAGCCCGGCAAAGAGAACAAAAAGAAGAACUCACUCAGGCUUUAAUAAAGAGAAAAGAGAGUGAGUUUGAAAAGACAUCACAAAAGAAGUCUAUUGAUCCUGCCUUAUCAAUGCUGGUUAAAUCUGUAAAAAACAAAACAGAACAGUUUCAAGCAAGAAAAAAACAAAAAGUCAAAUGA